AUGUACAUUGUAAUAGUUGUUUUACUUCAAUAUAUUAUAUUAGCAGUGAGACACAAAAUGGAUGAAAUGUUGUGUCGGUUAUGUUGUCAGAACUAUGGUACUACUCACAUCUUUAGUAAAGUCAAAGACAUGGUACUAUGUACAAAAAUAAUGUAUUGCUGUUCAAAUUUAAAUAUACAAGACGGGGAUGGUCUUCCAUCUCAUAUUUGCAGCAGUUGUGAUAGUGAGCUUGCAUUAUGUUACCAGUUUGUACUAAAAUGCGAAUCCUCCGACAAGAAGUUACGAUCUCAAUCUUUAGAAAUAAACUCCCAAGUUCUAUCAGACUCUUCACCAAAAAUUGAAGUAAAACUAGAAUGUAAUAGCGACGAUGACCAAUAUUACAAUGAUUUACAAAACGCUAUACAAUUUGAAUCAGCACAUAAGAAAUUAGAAAUUAAAUUAGAAUGCGCUGUUUCUAAAAUAUCAGCUAAACGUAAAUCACCCAAACAGAAAUGUAAACACAAAAGUGAGCAGUUGUGUACAUGUUUAGUGUGUGGCCGUCAAUGUGCUAACCCAUCAACAUUCAAGAUCCACAUGAGAUCCCAUACCAAUGAGAAACCAUAUGCAUGUCCUUCAUGUGAGAAGUGUUACAAAGACAGGGGCACAUUAAAACGACAUAUAGAAAGAACACAUCUUUCAGAAAAACGACAACGAAACUUCAUUUGUGAAAAUUGUGGCAAAGGAUUUUUUUCCAAGAAUGAUGUGAAAAUACAUAUGCGGACACAUACAGGUGAAACACCAUAUAGUUGUUCCGUGUGUUCACUAAGGUUCACACAGAUCAGUGCAUUACAGAGGCACAAAAAACGCCACACUGGUGAGAAAGAUCACCUGUGUACAGCUUGUCCAAAGAGAUUUUGUACCAAAGAGGAACUAAAAAAUCACCUAACCGUACACACUACUGAGAAAAAUUUUGCAUGUCCACUUUGUAAUGUGCAAUUCAAGUACCAAAACAAUUUGAGGAAACAUGUGAGGCUGCACUCAGAACCAAACAGAUUUGUGUGUAACCAUUGCGGACGCACAUUCAAUGUGAAGGGCAAUCUCAAGGUCCACAUAGAUAAACAACAUUCUGAAAAGUCAGGCCAUUGUGCCAUUUGCUUGAAAAAUGUACCUAACAUAGAAGUGCACAUGUGGAGACACAAUGGCCAAAGACCUCUGAAGUGUGAACUCUGUCCCAGCAGUUUUUAUGAGCAGAAUGCUUUAGUCCGUCACAUGAACUUUAGGCAUAAGAAGACUGAUAGAUAUAAGUGUGAAGUAGCAGACUGUCUGAUGAGCUUCCCUUCAAGGCCAAUGCUAGACUUCCACACAGCCAAACUCCAUGGAACUCAUAUUCCAUUCCCAUGUGACAGGUGCUCACGGUCAUUUUAUAGAAAGAGUGAUCUUGCCAGGCACAAAAUUGGUACUCAUAAAGAGAGAUUAAGCUAA